AUGGGUAGUAAAAAAAAUAGUAACACUGUUGAUUCCUCAGAAAAUGUUGAGGAAGUUGUUGAUAAUUUAACGAGUGAAAAGAAUAAAGAGAGUUUGAAAAAAGAUAAAAGAAAAAAAAAAGAAAAGAAGAAUAAUGAUGUUGAUGAUAUAAAUGAAGAAGAAGAUGAAGAAGGAAAUGAUGAAGAUACUAUGAAAAAAUUUUCUGUUGAUACUAGUGAAAAUGAAGAUGAUAAGGAAGAUGAUGAUGAUGACGAAGAUGAUGAUGAUGAUGACGAUGAUGAUGAUGACGAAGAUGAUGAUGAUGAAGAUGAUGAUGAUGAUGACGACGAUGAUGAUGAUGACGACGAUGAUGAUGAUGAAGACGAUGACGAUGAUGAUGACGAUGAUGAAGAUGAUGAUGAUGAAGAUGAUGAAGAUGAUGAUGAUGAUGAUGAAGAUGAUGACGACGAUUUUGAUGAUAUGGAUGAAGAUGAUGACGAUGAUGAUGAUGAUGAUGAAGAUGAUGAUGACGAGGAGGAUUAUGAUGACGAUGAUGAUGACGAUGAUGACGAUGAUGAAGACGAUGAUGAAGAUGAUGAUGAAGAUGAUGAUGAUGAAAAUGAUCAAAAUGAAUAUGCAGGAGAUGAUAAAAAAGAUGAAGAUGGAGAUGCAAAAAAGGGAAGUGACGAUGAAGGUUUUGACUAA